GGGCAUCAAGUGGAAAAAGUAAAGAGUAAGUGUGCGGAGCACGUGCUGGAAAAUGGAAAUCGUUCGACUCCAUCCCCAUCCGAAAACGAAAACGGUUGUUGAAAAUCGGAAACGAAUCCCCCAACGCUAGCAACCAAAUUAACCACUCUAAUUUAAUUUCUAUAUAAACUAAAAAAAACUCGAUCAUCUUCAUAGAAAAAAAAGAAAACAUAAUCGAAACCAAAGAGAUGGAGAAAAGCGAAGAAGAAGCGGCGAGGAUCAAGGGAUCAUGGAGCCCGGAAGAGGAUGCAGCCUUGACGAGGCUCGUCGAGCGCCAUGGCGCUCGGAACUGGACCACGAUCAGCGCCGGCGUGCCGGGGAGAUCUGGGAAAUCUUGUAGGUUACGGUGGUGUAACCAGCUGAGCCCGUCUGUGCAUCACCGACCUUUUACGCCGGCGGAGGAUGCUGCUAUUCUCGCCGCCCAUGCGAAGCAUGGGAACCGAUGGGCCACCAUCGCACGCCUCCUUCCUGGCCGCACCGACAACGCGAUCAAGAACCAUUGGAACUCCACUCUCCGCCGCCGUGGGCUUUCUCAGUCCCAGAUCGCUCCUUCUACUUCGAAUUCCCUCCCUUCGCCUCCGCGCUCUUCGGUGCCGGAGACUCCGGAGAAUUCAGAGUCCGCUUCGAAGAGACAGUGCCGGAGAGAGGAUGAGGUGGAUGAGACUGGGCUUUGUCUUUCGCUGAGCCCGCCGGGUGGUGCGGACGUCGCCGGCUCCGGCGUUGAUGCCGCCGGUGGCGGCGAGAAGAGAUGGCAAACGGAGAUCAAGGAUGUGGAUUUCGUUAAGAUUAUGAGAGAGAUGAUCGCGGACGAGGUAAGGAUUUAUAUCAAUAGAUUUAGAUCGGAAAAUGGUGACCGUUCAUCACUAUUUGAUACCGACCUUAAGAGGACAGCAAACGGUCAGGAUUAGAUUAGAUUUAGAUUUUUUUUUUCUUGUUAAUUUUAUUAUUAUUAUUUUUCAUUAUUUAAAUAAUGUAGAGGCGUUUAUUUGUAACAGAGAGAUAGAGAUAGAGAAUCACAUUUCA